CCUUCACCUUCCUCACUUCCAAAAACCACACUCCAUUUCCACAUUCUUUACCAUCUUCAAGAACCACUUUCCACAUUUCCACCAUCACCACCACCACCACCAUUACAACCACCAUGACCAUCGACACCCUCCGUCGAUUCUUUCUCCCUUGUUUCACCCCAUCCACCACCACCAGCAACAAACCAACCACCACAACCUCCACCAAGAAAAACCGCACCAGCACCUCCUCUCUCCAAGACAACCACCACCACAACCAUCACACAAUCUCCCCUACCUCCUCCACCUCCUCCUCCGCCGCAACAACAAUCUCCACAACCGCCCCACCCCGCCCCUCCAAAUCCAUGGUAAUCGGCACCAUCUUCGGCAACCGCCGCGGCCACGUCUGGUUCUGCAUCCAACACGACCGCCUAACCCUAAAACCAUCUCUCCUCCUCGAACUCCCCCUCUCCACCAACACCCUCGUCCACGAAAUGCGCAACGGCCUCGUCCGCAUCGCUCUCGAAUGCUGCACCUCCUCCGACAACCCCGCCUUCUCCACCUGCCCCCUCCGCUCCGUCCCUCUCUGGACCGCCUACUGCAACGGCCGUAAAACCGGUUUCUCCGCACGCCGCCGCGCCGGAGAUUGGGUCCGCAACAUUCUCUCAACCAUGCAGUGCGUCACCGUCGGUGCCGGUGUUAUACCUUCCGGAUUCGGGUCGGGUUCCGAGGAGCUUAUGUAUAUGCGUGCAAACUUCGAACACGUUGUGGGAAACGUUGAUUCCGAGUCGUUUCAUCUCGUUAACCCGGACGAGUGUACCGGUCAGGAACUCAGUGUUUUCUUGCUCCGAUCAAGACUCGGGGUGAAUCGCUGAACUCAGUGAUGUUCUUUUUUAUUUUCUAUUUUUAAUUAAUUAUGUAAUUUUGAUAUAUUUUCUGGUACAGAUAGAUAACAGUAAAGAUUUACAGAAAAAGAUAAUCUUUUUUUAUUCUUGAUUUUUUAAUGUGUUGGGAUUUUCAAUUUUUUGUUGAGGAUUGUAGUGUU